ACUUUAUAGGUCACAGUACUGCAGGAUUGCAAGUAAUUCUAAGGGGUUCAGAAACUUAAUUUUAACUCUCUUUUUCGCACAGGUAUAUGCUUGCCAGCACUGUCAGAUAAUGAUGAAUACUGCUGUUCCAGCUUUCAGAUUCCAUAUUAUAAAAGCAGAAAAUCCAUGAAAUGUGGCUCUUAUGCUCUUAAUGGGCCCUUUUGAUGCCACCAGCAAAAAACAUGUAUGCCAUCCUACUGAUAGAUGUUUUUACUCAGUAAGCUUUGGUUUGCCAUUACGUGAUCUUUCAGCAGUUGAAAUGGCAGCUGAAAUGGCUAAGGCAAUUAUGAAGACAUUGUUCUGUUACUUACUACUUCAGAAAAUAGCUCUAGAUCAAGGUGAAGAACUUACUCAUCAGAUCAUUGCUAGGCAGGUACUGAGGAUUAGGGAGGUUUCUGUGAACCUACUGGGAGGGUUUUGGAUGCCUAAGUAUCAUCCUUCUAAUGAACCUUCCUCUCCAUUGGUGAAGGAGCAGAAAAUAGAUGUGGACCCACAGAGAGGGAACAAGGCCCAUGUUAGAAGGAAGCCUAAACAGCUGAAUCCUUGUCUUCUUAAAGUUGGACAAGAAGUCCUUAGAAAAAAUAAAACCUGGUGGAAAGAUGGGUGUUUCCACUUUGAAUAGAUUGGCCCCUGCAUUAUAGACUCUAUCACUAAUAAUGGUUGCACAAUACUGAGAGAUGCUACAGGCUCAAGACUGAAACGCCACAUCAGAAUAUCUCACCUUAAAUCAUAUAUAAGAGAAUCACAUAAUCAAGAUAAAAGUGGCAGCUAUGUUUGGCAAAGUGCCAUUGUGGUUGACCAUGACUAUGUUGGUUCAUCUGGAACAUCCACAGAGCAGAGCAGAGCAGAGGUAUUCUCUGCAAAAGGACCUCCUAGUCCAGGUGAAUCCCUCCUGAGGAAGGACCUUGUUUUUUCAGAGUGUAAAAGUACCAUGCAUCUAGAAUUUAUAGGCCCAAACUGCACUGAAUCAGCUACUUUGAAUCCCAAGCAAUGGUCUGUAGAUUAUUGGACUUUUCAGAAUAAGGCAACCUGAAUAAAAUAUGGUAUGGG